AUGGCGACUUACAGAGCGUUGCAAAGACGGGGUCUGGCCUACGACCUCGUUGGCGUGUUGAAUCCCAAGGCGCACGAGAAACGGCUUCAGAAGGACUUUGAUACCUUGCAGACCCCAGCGCCCCCAGGCUUCAACCGUCCGACGCUGCAGCAGGUCCUGCGAGCAGAUCGGGCCUUGUGGAGGGAGCUUGGCAGCAAACAGCCGACCCUGAAAAGGGCAGCGGCGAAGGUGCCGCUCGCGGACGCCCGGUGCUUAGAUCAAGUCUUCCUGGAAGCCACAAACACGGUUGCAGUCAAUUUUCACUUCAUGCCGACACCUCGUGCGGAAGGGUUCACAGAUAAAGGAGGCAAAGGCGCGGGCAAGGGCCCCCAACCGUUGGGGCGAUGGAAAAGGUAUGGGCAAUGA